UCCUUGCUCACGUGUCUCAUCUGCUUGUAAGGUCCUCUCCCCCAAUCACUCCCUCCUUUUCAGCUAACUUCCACACCCCACUAAAUACUGAGACCAGAGGGACUCUCCUCUAGGAGGCUUCUCCUGAUGCCCUCUCCUGAAGCUCCACCCUGGCUGCACAAGGUACCUCCUUCCGUUCUCCCAUGACAUUAUUUUUAAGUUCUGUUGCUGCAGUUACCAUUCAGCCCUAUAAAAGGCUGUUUAUGUCCAUUUCACCAAAUAGGUUCUAAAUUCCCUCAAGACAGGAACCAUCCUGGACACCGACAUGACAAGAGGAAAGGAAGUGUCAUGGCGUUUGUCCUUCUGCCAUCGAGAGGGAGUCUUGUCAGCUGAGUUGAUGAGGGGAUGGGAUAUUUUGAGAGCAAGGCACUGGCUCCUGUAGCUUUCGAUCCCUUUCUUCUCUCUGCCCACACUUCUGGCUAUAACUUGGGUCCUUGUGUUACCAUGGUAACCAACAGUCCCAGAACACAGACUUCCGGCAGCUGGACUUCUAGCUACUGAGACUCAGGACCUGAAGAACUUCUCGUGUCUCCAGUCUAUGGCUCAGGAGUUGGCAGCACCCCUUUCACGUGGGCAGCCACCAGGGCAGAACCUUACAGAGACUACAACAGGUGCAUGGACGUAUCCCUGGGAUGAGGGAGACCUGAGAUUUGAACCUUCGAACUCCAUGGUGCACUCAUUCUCCAGCAGCUCUGAAUCAAACCUGAGUCUCUCUGUGGGCUAUUUCCCCUGUGAGGACAUCUCCUCCUGUGAGAACACCCUCUCCUGUGAAGACUCAUCUGCUGAAGGUCCAUCAGUCCACUUUGUCCCUCCUAUCCAAGGGUCAUGGUGGACUGAAAACACAGGGAGGCUCCUAGCGAGACGAGACCAGACACAGGACGGCCCAGAACAGUUCUGCAAACUCAGCAUCACCCUGGCCUGGGAUGUUGACGUGGCCUCUAACAAUUCAGACUCAGCUGCUAACUGUGACCUAAGUGGAGGCAACAGAGACAAGCACCCCAAAGAGAAGACACAGAUGACUCUCAGCAAACUGGACGGUCUUGUGCAAAAGCUUGAGAAAUUUCUAGAGAACCAGAAAGAUGACAAAGAUGAUGACUCUGUGUUCCCUGAAUCUGCUCAGGAAGAAGACUCCCAGCUGCCUAGCAGCUCCCUUCCAGGUAUGGCUCAGGUUAGUCAUCAAGAACAUGGUAGCUGUCAAGAUUUGGCCAAGUUCAACCCACUAGAACAUGAAGAUGUCAUCCAGUUUCCACAGAUUCAUCCAAGGCGUCAGAACCAGGAGCUUGCUAAGACAAUAAGCGAGGCAACUGGCAGCCAAGGGACAGAUAUUGCAGAGAUCUCCUCAGUCUUAUCAGGUCUACCAGAGGAGGAGGACACUCACUCCAGCACAGAAGCCCUCUCAUGUCUGAAUUUCGGGUGCGUCUUCCGCUGGCUAAGGCACCAAGUCCUCCCCUCACUUUUGGGGAGAGAGGAUCCCAAGAAGGCCACUGAGCGUCCCCGUGAACUGGCACAAAAGAAGAGAUUCUCUCACAGAAGCAAGAGAAUCCAACCUCAAGAAUCCUUCGAAUUAGGACACCCCAUACCACCAGAUUUUUAAACUUUUUGAUAGUCCCUAUUCUACAAGCCCCACAAGUUGUUUUUCCCAAUAAACAAAAUAUAUAUUCUUUUAAAGAAUUUACUUAUUUAGUUAUUUAUUUUUGGCUGCCCUGGGUCUUCAUUGCUUUCCAAGGGCUUUCUAUAGUUGUGGGGACUGGGGGCCUCUCACUGCGGUGGCUCCUCUUGUCUCAGAGCAUGGCUCCAGGGCACACAGGCUUCAGGAACUGCUGCGUGCGGGCUCAGUAAUUGUGAUUCUUGGACUCUAAGGGCACAGUCUCAAUAGCUGCGGCACACAGGCUUAGCUGCCCAGCAGCAUGUGGGAUCUUCCCAGGCCAGGGAUCGAACCAAUGUCCCUUGUAUUGCAAGGUGGAUUCUUAACCACUAGGCUACCAGGGAAGCCCUCCAGCUGACUUAUUAUUUAAGAGAAAAGUCAUGUAAACACAUGACUAUAAAGGGUUAUGGCAAGUAAGAGUAUGCACGUGGUCCAUAUUGAAUACUAAAUAACCAAUUCAACACAGGUAGGUUG